AGCCUCCGGGGCUGCAGUGCGCCGGGCGUUCAAGGCGGCAUCGGCGAAUCGCCUCUCCCUGCAUGCCGGGGCCGGGCCAGUGCCGCUGGCUGGGGACGCGCGGUUCGCGGAAGGGAACCCUGCGGGGCAGUCCCGGGGAGCCGAGAAGGGCCUGGCCGGGCCGGGAAGGGAGGACGCCACUGCCGCUGCCACCAUCCACUGCCUGUCCACACUCUCCCAGCCCCCAUGCCGUGGGCGCCCCGUGGCUCCCUUUGUGACACCAGCCCCCAGCCAUGCCCUGGGAUGUCAAGCGACAGGGUGGUGGCCUUGACGGGCCAUCGCAGUCCCGGGCCCAGAAGCAGUGCAAGAAGUCAUCCUUUGCAUUCUACCAGGCAGUGAGGGACUUACUGCCUGUGUGGUUCCUGGAGGACAUGCGCGCCACAGAGGCUUUCCAUUGGGAGGAAGGUGGACGAGCCAGCACCUACUCGCCCUCCGAGGCCCUGCUGUAUGCCCUGGUCCACGACCACCAGCCCUACGCCCACUACUUGUUGGCCAAGUUCCCGCGGGAGGCUCUGGCAGUACCUAGCCGCAAUUUCAGUUGCUGUCAGUCUUCAUCACCACACCUGGCCUUGGCUGUCCGAUAUAACCGUGUACAUAUCCUACGCCGCAUCUUGCGGACCAUCCGUGACUUCCCAGAUGAGGAACGUGCGCACUACCUGGACCGCAGGGGCUGCAGCCGUGUGGAGGAAGGCAAGACUUCUGUGCACGUUGCCUGUGAGCUGGCCCGCCCUGAGUGCCUCUUUUUACUGUUGGGCCAUGGUGCUUCCCCUGGGCUGUGCGACGGUGCUGGCAACACUCCCCUGGACCUGCUGCUCCGGCGGGUCGGGCAGGAUGCGACAGCCACAGUCACAGCUCCUACACCUAGUGAUCCUCUGGCCCUGCUUGACUUGCUCUUCCUCUACAUGCCCCCAGGUUCCGCAUCUCCCAUGCAGAGGGAGCUGCUAGGUGACCGCGUCCGCUGGCAACGCCUUCUCGGGGAGGAAAAGUUCCAGUGGCUCGCUGGUCUGGCCCCACCAUCUCUAUUUGCCCGGGCCAUGCAGGCCCUCGUGAGGUCCAUCUCACCCCGGCGCUUCCCCGAAGCCCUAGAUGAACUGCCUCUCCCACCAUUUCUCCAACCCUUGGACUUAAAGUUGAAAAGUUAGGGGCUUGAGUGGACAGAUGCCUACCAUCGUAGCUGCUACCGGAGUGUUGCAAUGGACUUCUGUGUGCGUGCGUGUGUGCGUGCGUGUGUUGGGUGCAUGUGUGCAAUGGGAAUGCAUGUGAUAUCCUUCUGCUGGAGGCAGGUACUAAGCACUUGUUUUAUGAAAACUAUUUUUCAGAGUUGUCUCUGGCACUUUACAUACGUAUGGAGAUUCUAUAUCUACAGCUAUAAUGCACUCUAUAUUUUGUUUAAAAAAACCAAACAGCUGACAAGCUGUCCCUGGAGCUUUAGGGGGAUUCACACCAGCGGUUAGGGGACUGAAAUGUAACUGAGGCUGUAAGUCUGCUGCUGUGGUAGGAGGAGCAAUAAACACUGGGAAUCUACAUCAUCA